GAACCCCGCGGACGACACAGGGCCGCCACUUUACGGUCCUGGGACCCGGCCAGCGCCCGCCCCAGCUAGGGCAGGGCGGCAUUGUAGGAGGCGGAGCCCGGAGAAAGCUGCCGCGGGCGGGCACCUGGAUAAGAGGACCCUGAACCGCCCGCCCCAGCUCCGCGUGGUGGUGGGCGGUGGCUGGGUCAUGUUGCUGGUGUUGCUGAGCCUGGUUGCAGUGUGCGGGAGCACCGUGCCCCGAGAGCCGACUAUUCAAUGUGGCCCUGAGACUGGGCCAUCUCCAGAGUGGAUGGUCCAACACACACUCACCCCAGGAGACUUGAGGGACCUCCAAGUGGAACUUGUUAAAACAAGGGUUGCACCAGAGGAUUUUUCAAUUUUGAUGAACAUAAGCUGGAUACUCCGGGCAGAUGCCAGCAUCCGCUUGUUGAAGGCCACCAAGAUCUGUGUGACUGGCAUAAGCAACAUGCAGUCGUACAGCUGUGUGAGGUGUGAUUACACAGAGACCUUCCAAAGUCAGACCAGACCUUCCGGCGGCAAAUGGACCUUCUCCUACGCAGGCUUUGCCGUGGAGCCGAGCACACUCUACUUCAUCGGGGCUCACAACAUCCCCAAUGCUAAUAUGAACGAAGACAGCCCCUCCUUGUCCGCGAACUUCACCUCUCCAGGCUGCCUAGACCACGUAAUGAAAUAUAAAAAGCAGUGCAUUGAGGCGGGAAGCCUGUGGGACCCAAACAUCACUGCUUGUAAGAAGAAUGAGACAAUGGUUGAAGUGAAUUUUACAACUAGUCCCCUUGGAAAUACAUACAACGUUUUGAUUCUACACGACAUGAGCAUGCCGUUGGGGUUUUCUCAAGUGCUGGAGAAUAAACUGACGCGGACGUCUGUAGCCAUCCCGGUGGAAGGCGGCGAGAGCGAAGGGGCUGUGGUGCAGCUGACUCCGUAUUUCCACACCUGUGCCCCUGACUGCAUCCGACGCCAAGGAACAGUCGUGCCUUGUUCAGAGACAAGUCCUCCAGCUAACAAUAGAAGCAUGCUGGGAGACUGGCUGACACUCAUCUCGGUGCUGCUGGUAGCUACAUGGGUCCUGGCAAUUGGCAUCUACCUAACCUGGAGGCAAGAAAGGAGCUCCAAGACUUCCUUUCCUACUACCAACAUGCUGCUGCCCCUCAUUAAGGUCCUGGUGGUUUACCCGUCAGAGAUAUGCUUCCCUCAUACCGUCUGCCGCUUCACCGACUUCCUUCAAAACCACUGCAGAAGUGAGGUCAUCCUCGAAAGAUGGCAGACAAAGAAAAUAGCCGAGAUGGGUCCAGUGCAGUGGCUUGCCACCCAGAAGCAAGCGGCAGAUAAAGUGGUCUUCCUUCUUUCCAGCGAUGCCCACAGUCUCUGUGACAGUGCCUGCCGCCAGAACAAGGAUGGGGCCAGGGAGAACUCUCAGGACCUCUUCCCUCUCGCCUUUAACCUUUUCUGUAGUGAUUUCAGCACCCAGGCUCAUCUGCACAAAUACCUGGUGGUCUACCUCGGCGGGGCGGACAUCCAGGCCGACUAUAAGGCUCUGAGUGCCUGCCCCCAGUAUCGGCUCAUGAAGGACGCCACGGCUUUCCACACAGAACUGCUCAGAGCUGCACGAAACAUGUCAAUGAAGAAACGGUCACGAGCCUGCCAUGGCGGCUGUUCCCUGUUGUAGUCCACCCAGGAGGAGGGAGACCCUGAAGCCCUCCUACUCUUAGCAAUUCCAGUGACAAAAAGCUUUGUGAGGACCCUGAAGCUGACUCUACAGGCUGUGUGGAGGGAGUCCUGUAUCACAAAACUUGCUUUAGAAGUGGAGUUUGCAGAGUCAGAACUUGAGGCUAGUCACUAGCAGGCUUUAUGCCUAUAAUACAGUUAGAGACAUUAAUGAAUGGAAGGUAAAUUCACGAGGCUCAAUCACAUUUCUACCCAAAGCCCAAUAAUGGUUCUACUGCAAAGUAAACAUUCUGGCAAUGAAAUAAGGCAUUUCCCAGUCAGAUGUCCCGUCGUGCACUGCUCAUGCUCUGUGCUGUACGCAGGACUGUUUAGCCCUGUAACAUUUUAAUGUGUUAAUGAAUAAUCCAUUUGAGAAGCACUCACUAAUCCGGUAGUUCCCUAAGAGGAAAAGCCUAUUACACACACAAGCUGGACACAUCUCGCCUGACCAAUGACCCAGUGUAUGUGUUCUGUAUGACCCACUGUACUGUGUGCUAUUCUGUAUAGCACCUUCCCUUGCCAAACUUCUGGACAGGCAACUUUUUAUUUUUAUUGUACAAGUGCUAGGAACUGAACCUAGGGUAUUGUACGGCUAGACAAAUGCUCUGCCCCUCAACUGCAUCCCAGCCCCUCACAGGGGACUUUCCAGUAAAUAUAAAGACACUUCACCAGCCAGACAUGGUAGCACAUACCUUUAAUCCCAGCACUCAGGUGGCAGAGGCAGGAGGAAUCCUGAGUUCAAGGCCAGCCAGAGAUACAUAGCAAGACUGUCCCAAACAGUCUUUUGCCCAACUACCCAUCCACUGUUCUAGUUCCCAGAGUUCAUGGUUAUUACAUGUUUCCUGUUGAAGUCAAAACUAAUUCACUGAAAUUAGCUCUCUUCAUGUAAUAUAUCUUUUUAUAGUCGAUUACUUUAAAAAACAACCAAGGGCUGGAGGUAGCUCCGAGGUUUAGAGCACUGACUGCUCUUCCAGAGGACCUGGGUUCAGUUCCCAGCACCCACAUGGCAGUUUACAGAUUAAGUUUACAUCUUAACUCCAGUUCCAGAGGGAUCUGAUACUGCUUUCUGGCUUCUAAAGGCACUCUAUAUACAUUUAAAAAAAUUAUUGCACACACACAUCAGUGUUUUGCUUGCAUUAUGUCUGUGUACCAUGUGCAUGCCUGGAACCUGAGGUCAGAAGACGGGGGUGGAUGCCCUGGAACUGCAGUGAUGGAUAGGAGUGAACCACCGUGUGGAUGCUGGGAAUUAAACCAGCAUCUUCUGCAAGAACAAAUGCUCUUCCCUACUGAGCUCUCUCUCUACACCCCCUAAUGUAAAUAAAUCUUAUUUUUUUUUUUAAAAAAAAAAAACACCAAAAAACCAGUAUAAGCAGUAAUAGUACACAGAUCUGUAACAUCUUGAGUCUUCUAGCUCUUGACUUUUUUUUUUUAAGGUUUAUUUAUUAUGUAUACAAUAUUCUGCCUGCAUGUAUGCCUGCAGGCCAGA